CUCUACUCUUUCCUGUGGCUAACUUGACAGUGUUUGAACAAGAUGGCGUCGAGCAGAAACGUCUGUUAGCAGAGUGUCUUUGUUGUGUUUUUAAAGUGUGAAGAUGUGUAAAGUCCAAAUGCUGAGAGCGUUGGUGAAGCAGCGACUAACUGCGGCUGCUGAAGAGAUAUUUGGGCUGUUUGAAAGAACGAUAGCAGAGUACGAGGAGCAACUUUGUCGCUCAAAAGAGGAGAACGAGCGACAACGGAAACUACUGGACGCUGUUUACAACCCUCAGCUCAGGUUACACAGAGCAGUCCAGCAGCUGAUGAUGGUUAAAGAAGAGGUUCCCCCUGAGCAGCAGGAGUGGAGCUCCAGUGUGGACCAGGAGGACCCAGAGCCCCCACACAUUAAAGAGGAAGAGGAGGAACUGUGGAGCAGUCAGGAGGGAGAGCAGCUUCAAGAGCUGGAGGAGGCUGAUAUCACCAAGUUCACAUUCACUCCUGUCCCUGUGAAGAGUGAAGAUGAUGAAGAGAAACCUCAGUCCUCACAGCUUCAUCAAACACAAGCUGAUGGAGAGGACUGGAGGAGCAGAGACCAUUCUGAAGCUGAGACUGACGACAGCAACGACUGGAGGGAGACCAGAGAACCUCAGUCAGGUUUUGAUGAAGUACCUGUCAGCGAUAUAGAAUGUAAUAAUGAAAUAGCUUCAGUUAGCUUAUCUGAAUGUGCGGGAAGCUUCGACCAUGAAGGAGCUCUGCAGGACGACCCUGGAGUCCACAUGGGGGAGAAAUCCUUCAGUGGCUCAGAUUGUGGUCAAUCAUUCACUUGGAAGGACCAUUUGACUCAACACUUGGUUGUCCACACGGGGGAGAAACCAUAUAGUUGUUCUUUUUGUAGCAAAACAUUCACACUAAGGAAAGACUUGAAGCGACACUUGGUUGUCCACACGGGGGAGAAACCAUUUCAUUGUUCAGUUUGUAGUAAAACAUUUUCACAAAAGCAAAGUUUGGAUCGACACUCGCGGCUCCACACGGGGGAGAGACCAUUUAGUUGUCCAUACUGUGAGAAAACAUUCACUCAAACGAGCCAUUUGAGACGACACUUGGCUGUUCACACGGGGGAAAAACCAUUUAGUUGUCCAGUUUGCAAUAAAACAUUCUCAGUAAAGGAAGAUUUAAGGCGACACUCAGUCGUCCACACGGGGGAGAGACCGUUUCAGUGCUUGGAUUGCGGCAAAACAUUCACACAAAGGGCCAAUUUAAGAAAACACUUGGUCGUCCACACGGGGGAGAGACCGUUUAGCUGCUCAGUUUGUGGAAAAAAGUUCGCACAAGAUUUCCAUUUGAGGCGACACGCGGUCGUCCACGCAGAGGAGAAACCGUUUACUUGUAGCGUUUGUAAUAAAAGUUUCACCCGGCUCUAUUCCAUGAACAAACACGAGUGUGUUGGUGGGGCAGAAAUAAGCAAAGUUUCGGAGACGAUUGGUGGGCCGGUUUUUCACGGCAGUAUUGAAGUACAGAGGGAGACACUUGGCUCAACACUGAUCGACUGAAAACUGUCAGAAAGACUCCAAAAUAACUAUUUUCAGCCAAGAUGAAGGUACACUGACAUUUAGAUUCUCUUUGAUGUGGUAUUUAUUCAUUUUUCACUGUGCUGCACUGUGCUGUUAGAUAUUCAUUCAUUCAUUUUCUGAAACCGCUUAUCCUGUUAGAGUUUGUGGUAGGGCUGGGCAAUAUGGACAAAAAUUCAAAUAUUGGUAUUUUCCGGCUGAACGGUGAUAAACGAUAUAUAUCUCUGUAUUUUCCACUAAGUGGGCGACAUGUUCAGCUGUAAACUGAUCCACAGCUAAAGUCCCUGUUGUUUCUGCUGCAUGUGUUUUUCCACAGCAGGGCAGGUAAAAGAAGUUUACCUGUUGGAGGUGAGCUGUUUGCAGAGGUGCAGUAAGAGCCUGUUGGCUGCAGCUCUUCAUCAUCAUCAUCAUCAUCAUCAUCUCACUGUGGCUGUUUCUGCUUUCACUUUCCUCCCUGCUGUGUUAUUACACUUGUCUUAAAGGGAUAGUGCACCCAAAAAUGUAAAUGCAGCCAUUAUCUACUCACCCAUAUGGCGAGGGAGGCUCAGGUGAAGUUUUAGAGUCCUCACAUCACUUGCAGAGAUCCAAGGGGAGAGGAGGUAGCAACACAACUCCACCUAAUGGAGGCUGACGGCGCCCCAGAUUCAAACGCGAGACCGUGAGACAUGGGCACUGCGUUCAUGUGUUCACGUGCUUUCGCUGGUCUCGCACAGAGAGGCAGUCAGAACUACAGGCUACAGUGAGGCUAAAAACAGAGUUCAAAUGAGGUUUUUCCAAACAACUUUUUCUGUCGGGGCUUCAGGACACUUGGAUCACUACGGACGAGCAGUAUGGAGAUAUUUUGUGGUUUCAAUGAUGUGUUUUUGGACGUUUGAAUCUGGGGCGCCGUCAGCCUCCAUUAGGUGGAGUUGUGUUGCUACCUCCUCUCCCCUUGGAUCUCUGCAAGUGAUGUGAGGACUCUAAAACUUCACCUGAGCCUCCCUCGGCAUAUGGGUGAGUAGAGAAUGGCUGAAUUUACAUUUUUGGGUGCACUAUCCCUUUAAUUGAAAGCUAAUAAAGUUUCGCUAAUUUGGUGAUAAACACAUUUAAUUUUCUGGAGAGUCUUAAAAAUAAAAGUCCCCCGUUAGUUUGUUAUGUAAAAACUUUUAUUGUGAAGCAGCAAAAUAAGGAAAUGUUGAGUUUUCAAGCAGUAACUUCUCACAACGUCUAACACGGCUGAUAGUGAACACGAAACAGUAAAAUAAAUCAGAACUGUAAAGUACAAACAGGACGCAGGCGAGAAACUAAACUCCAAACCUCAGAGAUUCAGUCAGAAGCUACAGACGUACUGAGAGCUGAACACAGAGACUUUUAAAGAUGCCUGUCUCUCUGGUCUCCUGCAGACAGAGGGGAGGAGAGGCUCAACACACACGGCUUGUUUGAGAGACAGAAACCAGCCGAUCAGGUGUUGGCUGCGGCCGGCGAGACGCCACCGCGACCUGCUUGAGUGUGGGCGGCCCAGCGUUUGGACCCUCUCCGGCAAAGGAGUAGGUGCACAGCUCGGCGUGGCACUGUGCAUCUAAACUGAUACUGAAACACAAAUCUGUGCAGCAUGGCUUGACUGGGUGUGGCUAAAAGUUCCAGAGGAAAAGGCCCACGGUUUGUACGUGUGCCACUGCGGUAACUUCAUCCAUCUCACAGACUGAUGCAGCGCAGCUCUGCAACAUCCAGACCGGAGGGAUGAACACUGGUGUGUGUUACGUGACGCGACUUGAUCCUAUAUCGAUGUAAACGGUGGUGUCUAAAUCUGUAUCUUGCUUUAAGAUAUGUUGAAAUGUUGUUAAAAAAAACUGUGUG